CAUAUCCAAAGAUCAAGUUCAUUCCUCCAUCUUGCUCCCUGUUGAUCCUAGGGCAUCCAUAAAUACCAAACUCCUAGACAACAGCCGAGAGAAGAGAAACAAAUCCAGUUAAAUAUUGCACCUUCAUCAUAAAGGAGGUUGAGAGUCCUCACUGUCUUUGCCUUCUUAGUUGUAGCAUUUCCUCGGAGAAUCACAAAAGGAAAGAGCCAUGGUAAUGGAGCAGAAGCAACGAAAUCUGGAGUGGGCUGAAGCACAGCAGAUAGUCACGAGCACAGACCUUGUGGCAGGUGCUAAGCAACAACUACAGUUUCUAGCUGCGGUAGAUAGGAAUCGGCAUCUCUACGGCGGCCCGGUGUUGGACCGUGCCAUUUGUCGAUACAAGCGUUGUUGGCUUCCCCUGCUUGCCAAGCACAUAGAUUCUCCGAUUUCUGAAGGACCCCUGGUGGUGCCUCUUGACUGCGAAUGGAUAUGGCACUGUCAUAGGCUUAACCCGGUGCGGUAUAAGAUUGACUGUCAGGAAUUGUACGGGGGGAUUUUGGACAACUGGAAUGUUUUAUCAUCUGUCCAAGGAACCUGCACAAAACAAACUGAAGCAAUCUGGAACAGAAUGUAUCCAAGUGAACCUUAUGAACUCGACAUUAAUGGCAACUCGCCAAAGAGUGGAGCUGGAAAUACCAUGGGAGCUCCGAGAGACAGUGGUUAUGACUUAGUUGCAGCUGUCAAGAGGCAGAGUUCUUUCUUUUACCAGGUGUCCAGACCAUAUAUGAACGACCAUGUACUUCUUAAAGAAGCCGUGGCCAGAUACAAGGCUUUUCUCUAUCUGAUCAAGAGAAAUAGAGAAAAGGCAAACAGAUGCUUUUGUGUCCCGACUUACGACAUCGAUCUCAUCUGGCACACUCACCAGUUAAACCCUGCUUCAUACUGUAGAGACACGGUGGCAAUUAUCGGGAAGGUGUUAGAGCAUGACGAUACUGAUUCUGAUCGGACUAAGGGCGGAAAACUCAAUGCGGGGUUUUCCCAAACCACAAAGUUGUGGGAAGAGACAUUUGGUAUGAGCUAUUGGAAGGCAGGAGCAAUGCAUAGAGGCAGCACUCCAUCUCCACUGACAAUAACUCCUAUUCAGCUGAAUACAGUGGCCAAGAAGGCGGUUUCGUCUGACGGGUUUCAGAAUACCAUUCCACUUCCCCAAAAAAAGCUAGUAGAGGUCAUGGUGGGGAUUGCAGCAAUCAAGGACUUACCAGUUAGGCAUCGAGGCAAUCUCUUUGUCACCUUGAGAAAAGCAGAGCCAGAUGUGCACUUCAACACCAAAAGAAGACUAAGCAUACAGUCUGAAUCAGGGUACAAACAGGUCGCUAGCUUUCAGUGUGAACUUGACGGAGAGCUCGUUUUCGAACUCAUGCGUUAUAACACUUUCACUAAAUUAGAAACACCACUGGGGAGAACUUCUGUCUCUUUGACCAAACUGUUGGAGCCCGGAUCUCCCCUCUGGAUGGACGAUUGGUUUGAGCUCCCAACAGACUUGGAGAAUUUGGAUUCCAGGCCUGUCUGCAUCCGUAUCGCCCUGUCUUUCACUCCUCCUGUUCCAAUGGAAUACAUGUUACAAAUGAUUCCUGCUAAUCCAUCAAUGAAAAGUGCUAGCUUCCUACAAGAGAGUGGCAAUGAAAUCAUUAACAUCCAGAUGAGGGAUUCCAAAGUAGUUGUGGCAGACAAAAAUCGGCUUCCGAGAGAGCUGAUUAGAACAGCUGGAGAUGGUAAAACAUAUCUACUUGCAGAAUUACAAGGAACAGGAUGGUCUCUGAUGAACUCUAAAUGGUUCUUUCACCUAGAGAGAGAUUCCUCAGGAGACGGCCAUGUUUUUAAGCUCACGGGUGAUAGACAAGUCAUCAUAUGUCCUGGAAGAAAGCUAGAAUAUGAGGUUAGAAACUGUUGUGAGAAGGAAGAUGAACAAGUAGUCAUGACAGCAGUGGAAUUUUCAGCGGCAUAUCCCUACGGGAAGCCGGUGGCAUUGCUCAAUUUGAAAUGUGGCAUACUAAAGGUGAAAGAAGAUUGGAUGGUACUGCCCGCAAUAAUAUCGGCAUUCAUACUGUCAAAUAUGCUGCAACACAUUACGAAUAACAAAGAGAACGAGGAAUGGAUGGAUGAAGCUCUGGAUGCAAGCGUCUGCAGCAAGGAAGACAACAGAAAAGAGGUGGAAGGCAAAUACUCGAGCGACCUUUAUGCAGAUAAUUACCAAUUUUUGGUGACCACCAUCAUGUUUUCAAAUUGUGUCGAUGGAGUUGGCAAUGAAGGCGAUGUGCAGGAACGAAUAGAAACGCGAGUGAGUUUUAGUGGCAGCAAUGAAGGUGUCCCCAAUGCAGAUAACCGCAAUGUUUCUUCGGCAGAAACGGUGGCUGCUGGUGCUGGUGGAUGCGGCGGUUGCGGCGGCGGUUGUGGUGGCGGCUGUGGCGGGGGGAACUGCAGGGGAGGCGGUUGUGGUGGAGGCGGCAGUUGCAGCAGCCGUUGCAGUGGAGGUCGCUAGAAGGGAUAUGUGAUCGAUGUUGAAGUCUAAACCAUAGUAUGUUAUGUCAAUUUCUGGUCCUGACAGUGCAUAUUACUCACGACGGAAUUAUAUAGUUUGUUUCAAGUAUUGAGACAUUUUCAAACAUGAUGAUAGUACUACUGAUGUUGCAGCA